AGCAGGUGUUUGGCUGGAGAGGGGAGCUUGGAGCUGGGGUUUACUGGCUGUUCCCUUUCACAACUGGCUGCAGGCUGAGGAAGGUAAAAACCCAAAUUUCUGGAGAAGCCAAACUGGUGUGGAGGGAUGAAGAUGGAGAGCUGGCUCUCACCAAAGGAUUCCGAGCUGCUUUGUUGGAGAUAUUUGAAACAAUUGAUUUGGAUGGGAAUGGCCUCCUGAGUCUGGAGGAAUACAACUUCUUUGAGCUGAGGACUAGUGGGGAGAAGUGUGAUCAGGAAGCCUGGGCUGUGUGUAAGGAAAAUUUUGAGAUGAAGAAGAAUGAACUAACAAGACAAGGAUUUCUGGAUUUGAAUCUCAUGGAAGCCAACGACCAGGAUGGGGAUCCUUGGGACCUUUGGGUCACUUUGUUGUCCCUGGGCUACAACAAAGCCUUAGAAAUGACAGAGGCCUGCCCCUUUGUCAUUGAUGUGUGUGCAGAGAGGUGCAAACCCAGAGUUAAAGCCAUUGCUCUGGAGGCAGGGGGCUCCCAGCUCAGCAGGGCUGUCUGCAGGUCUGUGCUGAAUAAAGGAGAGGCCAAAGUGCUGGAUGGCUCUGAGAACAUCUUCAUCUACACCUACAGAUCAGGCAGCAGAAUCACCUCUGUCAUUGAGAAUAAGUCUGAAAACAAAGUGAUAAUUCAUGUCAACAAUGAACAGAGUAAGAACUGCCUAAACAAUAGGGGACUGACUGUUUUUGCUGUGGAAGUGGCUCCAAAAUCCAUGAUGGUCUCUCAGCAUGUGAUGGCCCUGAAUGAGCAGGAAGAGUGGAUUUACAGCUGUGUGCACUCCCUUGUAUGUUAAACCUCCCAGUGCAGGGCUGGGAGCAGCCAGACUCAACCAGGAUUAGCUUUGGGCAGCUUUUAGACAAUUUAUAGUCUUGUCCUUCUCAAAAAGCUGGCAUUCAUUUCUAUUUCUUGAUGAUUUGGGCAUGAAACCACUGAGGCACAAUAAAAAUUAGUGCUUUUCAGUAAUCCAGCUGCCAGUUGUAAUAUAAUUGUGAUUUAGAAAGGAUUGUUUCUCUAAGUAUGCUCUUAUUUUCCAUACCAUGGAUUGUAAUUCCAUCACAGGCUGGAAGUGCUUCCCUGAGGAAAAACUUUCUGAAUGGGUUCCUGGAUAAACAUUCCUGUGGUUUUGAUGUGAAGAAGUAUAAAGGAAUGAGGCUCAUUUUAUUUUGUCAUUUGAUAAAGGAUGUGUUUCUUUCCCUCUUUUUGGAUCAUUUGCUGAUAAUCCUCAUCUUACCCUUAUUCUGUAAUUUCUGCCUGAUUUUAUACUCUUUUAUAUAAAAUAAAGUCUGUCUUUUCAUAUGUAAUAAGGAAAUAACAUCAUUUGAGAAAAAUGAAGGGUUAUCUUGGGCUCUUGCCUGUUAACAACAAUUAAUUAUUCCCAGGGCAGCUGAAACAAGAAGACUGAAGUGCCAAGUUUAGGCUGCAAGAGCAAAGUAAAUCAUCUUUGAGGUACUAAAUACAUUCAGCUUAUUAUAUUUUUCUGGUUCCUCUGAAUAUCUGCUAAUGUGGAAAAACAAAUGAUGACCCUGGCCACUGGAUGCUUAAAAAGUGUUUGAGUUUAAAAUAGCCAUUAAAUGUAUGUGACCUCAUCUGUGAGGGCAGCAAGUAGUGUUGCAAAGUUAUUUUUAUCUGCCCCAACUCCUGCUCUCUGCUGUUACUCUGCUGUAAUCUUACACUGGGCAAGUAAAUGUCAGUGACAAAAUGAGAGCUGGGCUCUGAUUUACACACUCAGGCAGCAGUCCUGGUGAGCUUUGAGUUUUCCAUGUUUUUUCCUUAGCAAGUAUCACAGAUAUCAUUUCCAUUUUCUGUCUAAAAGAAGUUGAGGCCCCAAAAAUGUUUGGUGAUUUUUAGCUCUGACUGAGCCCUGUAAAUGCUGCCUCAGGCAAGGUGUGGGUAAAACAGAGAUUCCCAACUCCUUGUCUGAAAAGGAGUUGGGGAAUAAUGAGACACUGUGUGGAAUAGAUACUACAAAGUGAGCAGUGCAUUAUUUGCAUUUCUUUUGUUUGUAAAAUCAGUCUUUUUAGAUGGAGCAGGAAUUCAUAUGCAACUCUCUCAGCAUUUUAGGGUUGAAGCUGAGAGAAGGGCUUAGCUGAGAAAUCACAGCACGUGGAAAGAGUUGGGUUUGCUGCAGGUAAAAAACAUGGCACAGCACUACACAGGGAACUUCAUUUGUUUUCUGAUCCUCCUGCUGCUAGGAAGGGUUUAAUUAUCCAGUUUUUAAAGUGGGGACAUAGGCAAACUGUCCAUGGCAGGUUCUACCUUUCCUGCCCUGGAGGAGGUGAGAUUAGAAAUCUUGGUUGUAUCUGCAGAGUGUUUUUCAGUUUGCUCCAAAUCCAGGUACCACCAAGUCAGGAAAAAUUCCAGCUUGUCUUUUUAAGGUUGAACACAGGUACCAGCUUAUUUUUUUUGAGGGGAGACAUUUAGGAGAAAAAAAAUCUCAGUAACAGGUAAUUUCAAUUUCUGGAUUGUUACCUUUCUUUUGAGAGCUAGAGCUAUAACAAAAUUCAGCUUCUUCAAGGCUUUGCUAAUGCUGACCUUCCCUGUCCCCACUUCAGGGGCAGAGUAUAAAAAAAAUGUUGCUUUUAAAAAUUAAUGCUAAAUCUCUUUUUUGUUCAGUUGUAAGCUAAGUGAAAAAUAGCUAAGUAUUCACUCCCCUGUGUUUGAAUUUUCAAGCAAAAAAAGUAUUUUUUUUAACAGAGAACAUAGUUUGGUGAGCUAGUAUGCAAAAAAAAAAAAAAGAA